AUGGUCAGAGUGAAGUCAGAGUUUGAUCCUCUGCCUGAAAAACGAUCUGGGAUCCCUGAUGCUCGAGUGCUGGCCUCAGGGACGGAUGUUCAUAGAGGAGAGGAGUUUGAUUCUCUGGACUUUACCUGUGUGAAGCAGCAGCAGAGGAGAGUCCAGAUGAGGACGCAGGUCAAAGUCAUGUUUUUGAUGAGGACCAUUUCUGUGUCUUCUGUUGUCAUGAAGGACAGCUUCAGAUCAGAGAGCCGUGUCUCUCUGCAGUCAGAGGUUUUUGUACGGCGGCUCAAUGACUUUGUAUCACUGUGGUUGACUUUUGGUGGAGGAACCAGACUGGAUGUUGGAAGUGACGUCCGUCCCUCCCUGACAGUGCUGCCCCCCUCCAGUGAGGAGCUGGAGCAGGGGAAGGCCACGCUCAUGUGUCUGGCCAACAAGGGCUUCCCCUCAGACUGGAGUCUGUCCUGGAAGGUGGACGGCAGCAGCAGCAGCAGCAGCAGCAGCAGCUGGGAGGAGAGCAGGAGCCCCGGGGUGCUGGAGAAGGACGGCCGCUACAGCUGGAGCAGCACCCUGAGGCUCUCUGCAGACCAGUGGAGGAAGGUGGGCUCUGUGACCUGUGAGGCCACCCAGGGCUCCCAGACUCCACUCUCUCAGACACUGAGGAGAGACCAGUGUUCCUAGUCCUGACCUGACUCACUGGGACUCUGCUACUGGUUUUACUCUGCUACUGCUCUCAAUCUGC